CCCAUCCAUACACAGCACACACAUACACACGCAGUUCAUCGACCCCUUCCCAACCAUGGAACCGGCAGCUGCUCCGGUGACUGCGGUAACGGGGGCCCUGAAACCUGUGGUAGCAAAGCUCGCCACUCUGAUGGGCGAGGAGCACAACGGUCUCAAAGGGGUUCGUGUCGAGAUCAAACUCCUCACUGACGAGCUCUCUGUCAUGGACACAUUACUCCUGAAUAUGGCAGAGGAGGAGAUUGACGACCCUGCCGACAUGCAGGAUAAGGCGUGGAUGAACGAGGUGCAGGAGCUAUCCUACAACAUGGAGGACUCCAUCGACGACUUCAUCAUGCAGACAAACGUCGGUGGCGACAAAGAUGUUAAUAAGCCAGAUCAUGGCUUCGUGGAGAAGAUGGAGGACUCCAUGGGGAAGAUGGAGGCUCACCGGCAAGCUGGCAAGGGUUUCAAAAAUGAAAUCAUCAGCUUCCUGGAGAAGGUGAAAGACAUGUCAAAGGCGAUGAAGGCUCACCGUCAGGUCUGUGAUAAUGUGAAGGAAGAAAUUGUCGGGAUGGUCCAUGCAGCUGUUGACCCUGCAGCUCUCGCCAUGUUUGAGCUUUUGUCAAACGGAGAUGAGCCCAAAGCUGAGCUCAUCAAGUUGCUCACUCAAGAUGAGGACGAAGGAUGUGAGUUGCUGCUAGCUGAAUUGGUUGAUGGAUGUGAAGGUCCACUGGCUGAAGUGGAUGAAGGAUCUGAGCUGCUGCAGGUGGAAGAAGAUGGGUGUGAACUCGCAGAGGAAGGACAAGAGGAGGAACAAGAACAACAAGAUAAAGAAGAACGAGAAACAGAAGACAGAUUUGAUCAGUCACCAGCGGCUGUAGAGGACGACGGAUGUGACGCGCCACUAGCUGAAGAGGGCGACGGAGGUGACUUGCCACUGGCUGAAGAGGACGGCGGAAGUGACUCGCCAUUGGCUGAAGAGGACGAUGGCGGUGACUCGCCCCUGGCUGAAGAGGAUGAUGAGUGUCCAUCGCAAACACGGAAACAGCCCAAGGUGGUCACCAUUGUUGGUGCUGGAACAGCUCUUGCGAACCAAGUGUACGAAGAGAUCAGAGUGAAAUUCGAUUACUGGCCUUUCAUAUCGCUGUCCCCAAAUCCGGAAUUGACAGGUAUCUUGACGAUGCUUCGCCUAGAACUUACCGGCCAAUACAAAGAAACCGGGAGCGUGCAACAACUGAUUAUUGACGAAAUUAAAGAUUUUCUAAUAGACAAAAGCUAUUUAAUUGUUGUUGACGGUAUAUGGGAGAAAGAAACAUGGGAUAUUAUCAAGCAUGCAUUCCCCAUGACCAGUUGCGGUGGAGUAAUAAUCACCACUACCCAAUGUGAAGAUGUCGCCGAUUCAUGCCGGUCAUCAUUCAAUGGCCAUAUUUACCAUGUAAGACCUCUUGAUAAGAUGCAUUCCAGAAAACUAUUUCAUGAACGAUUAUUCAACUCUGAAGAUAACUGCCAUCCAGACAUUGAAGUUUCUGACCAAAUAUUGGAAAAAUGUGAUGGCUUACCUUUGGCAAUCUUAGUUGUAUCUGGUUUGUUGGCUAACACAGAAAGAACAGAGCAUCUAUGGAAUCGUGUGAAAGAUUCAAUUGAGCAUGCACUUGAAACAAGUGAUAGUGUCGAAAGGAUGGUGAAGGUUCUGUCGGUUUGUUACUCAGAUCUUCAUCCUCGUGUGAAAUGUUGUCUCUUAUAUCUCAGCAUAUUCCCCAAAGGAUCAACUAUAAAGAUGAAUGACCUGAUAAGGAGGUGGACUGCUGAAGGAUUCUUUCAUGGAGAAGGAAGAUAUGCAGUACAUGAGUUAGGAGAGAGGUGUUUUAAUGAGCUCAUGAGUAGGAGUUUGAUACAGCCUAUGAAGAUAGACGAGUAUGGUAAGGUCAAAAGUUGCCAAGUUCAUGACACAGUUAUGGACUUCGUCAUAUCCAAGUCCAUCGAAGAGAACUUUGUUACUUUGGUUGGUGAUCCUAGUCCAACCAUUGAUCAGACACGACGCGAAGUCCGUCGACUCUCCCUCCAAGAUAUAGAUGAAAGCAAUUCUAUCCAAGAGCUGAGCCUGGUAUCUUCUCAUGCUCGAUCACUUAUUGUAUUUGGACUGCUGUGGGAAAUAUCAUCUCUGGAUGAGUUCAACCAUUUGCGUGUUCUAGACUUUGGAGGUUGCAGGCAUUUGCAAAGCGAUCAUCUUGAAAACAUUGGGAGGUUAUUCCAGUUGAGGUACCUGAACCUCUCCGGGUCAGGUAUUUGUGAGCUCCCCGAACAAAUAGGACAUCUAUGUUCUUUAGAGAUGUUGGACCUAAGAGGAACAUGUGUAACAGAGUUACCAUCAACUAUAGUUAAUCUAGGAAAAUUGGUGCACCUAUUUGUUAGCGAGUAUGUUAAAUUCCCUAAUGGAGGAAUUAAGAAGAUGCAAUCACUAGAGACUCUGAAACAGGUCAGAGCCUUUAAGCAGCCAAUUAUAUUUCUUCAAGAAUUUGGCCAGCUACAAAAUCUGAGGAAGCUGAAUAUCAAUUUUGAUGAUUAUCAAGAGGCCACUGAAGAUACAAAGGAGUGCAUGAAAGCUAUCACAUCUUCACUCUGUGAACUAAGCACACACAAUCUUAGUUCUUUAACUAUCUGGAACUGUAGUUGCAGCUUAUUAAUGGAAGAAUGGUGCCCUGCACCACUUGGCCUCCAAAGACUUAAGACUUGGAGGUCAACCUUCCUGCGGGUUCCGGAUUGGAUGGGCUCCCUCUCCAACCUUCAAUUAUUACGGUUUGAUGUGGAGAGAGUCAGCUAUGAAGAUCUCUGCAUCCUUGGAGGUUUACCCGCUCUGCUCAAUCUGACACUAGUAGGAAAAGAGAUGUCUGAAGGAAAGAUCAUUGUCAGUGGUGAAAUGGGUUUCCCAUGCUUGAGUAAUUUUUGUUACAGUAUGUGGCGGGGGUUAGGGAUAGACAUGGUGUUUGAAGCAGGAUCCAUGCCCAAGCUAAAGAAGCUCAAGAUUUGUUUCAGCCCAACAAUGAAUGAGUAUCUCUUCAGUACUGGUGGUAUAAGUGGUGGUGGUCCUUUUGAUUUUGGAAUCGAAAACCUUUCCUGCAGCCUCAUAACCAUCGUGUGUGAAUGUGAAUCCUUCAAUGAAGAUCACUCUCUUGAGGCCACCAAGGCAGCCCUAGAGAGAGCAGUCAGCACACACCCUAGCUGCCCUACUCUGGACUUCGUCAUCUACUAACUAGCUCCGUCUCUUCUCAUCAUGCAGUGCUACUCUCCGGAUGCUUCAAUAUCAGAUCAAUUGUGUGCUUCAGUCUCCUGUCUCAGGUUGAGCUAGACAUUCUUCAGCUUGAGGAGACAAGACAACAAUUGUACCACCAUCUGGGUCUCGGCACGUGACCAAGAUUCACUGCAUGGGUACAAUGAACGAUCCAAGAAUCAGGAACAUCGCAUCCAAGAGGUUGUAGCUUAGACGAUACAGUUUCUUUCUAACUGGAUAACUUUGAGUUGUUCCUCUUUUAACUGGUUCCCUCACUCAUGAUGUACUAACCUCCGUUCCUAAAUAUAAGCCUUUUAGAUAGCUAAGUUAGCUUUCUAAAAAGGCUUAUAUUUCAGAACAGAGGUAAGAACACUUAGGGGGUGAAAUGUCAUAAAUUACUAUUUCUAGAUCAUCUAAAAUAUUUUAUUUUCUUUCAGUACUCAGUACUGAUACUAU